GCCAAUUAAAAGAAUUGGUUUUUCGAUUCUCUACCAAUUAAAAGAACUGAUUUUCCGAUCAAAAGAGAGAAGUCACUAGUCGCGAAGAGAUCAAUAGUUGUCAAGUUUGUUCUCAUUAAACCAAGCCCAUUAGAUCAGGACCAGGCCCUCAGAAGAGCGAUAAACAUAGAUAGGAGCUAGGGUUAGGGUUUGGACAAGGAGCCGGCGGAGAGAUGGUUUCUUUUGUCAAUCGGACGUUAUGGCUACUACAAUCACCUAUGCAGCUGAAACUGUGGCCGAGAAGCUAUUGUCUGAAUCUGGCGGCCACAUUCUUGAAAACCUCUGGUAGUGCUGGUCCGACUCUUCAUGGAAUCAAAUCCUUGUCAUCGGUGAGAUCAAUAACCAUUCAAGGCUAUCAGCAGAGUCGACAACUUGCUUUCUGCACGAUCGGAGACCCUUCAUGGACCGCCAUACGAACAGGUUAUUCCUACAGUAACCUCAUAAAGAAAGAUGGUCUAAAAUGCUUGAUGAUGCACACUACACUUAGAGCACUUGGUGGCAGUUGCUGGCAUUUUGAUAGUGGUUCCUCUGUGCAUGUGGCAAAUGAUAGAACAUUGUUUGCAACGUUUGAGGAAGAUUCUGAUGAUGAGUCUGUUAGUUUUGGUGAUGGCGGUGAAUGUAGAAUACAUGGUCGAGGUGAAAUCAAAUUUCCAGGUGUUGGUGAGUUGAAAAAUGUUCUAUGCGUUGAGGAUUCAGAUUCAAAUUUAUUGAGUAUUAGUCAGAUUUGUGAUGAUGGUUUUGAAGUGAAUUUUACUCAACAGGGUUGUUUUGUAACCAACAAACAGGGUGAGUGUGUUCUGAAGGGGAUUAGAACUUUUCGUGAUAUUUAUGUAAUACAGCCAUAUCCACUGUUUUUGAUGGUACCUACUGGAUUCUUGGUUGCUGAGGGCGAAGAAGAAGUGUCUCUUGUCCAGCUUACCACUGCUACAAUGGAGGAGGAAGAGGAAGAGGAAGAGCUGGAGGUGGAACCAAAGGACGACAAUAGUACUAUUACUAAUGAUGUUUACUAUGACUUGUUGACUAUUGAAGGGAAGAAAUUAGUAUUGAAGAAGAAGAUCAAGAAGGGUGAUAUUUGUCCUCCAUGUGAAGGAGGGGACCUCCUUUCACCAGGCGAUGCCAUCUGCUUUGGCUCCUCUCUUGGUUGGUUGGCCUUUAUCCACCCUGGCAAUUGUUUGACCUACCUCUACAACCCAUUAAUCAUCAACCCCUCUACCCCUUUCAUCUCCCUCCCUCCUAUCAAGAACCUUCCUUCUGAACACCUGAGUGAAGAUUUCUUCAAAAAGAUUGUUUCAUCCUCACUCCCUCCGUAUGACAAAAAUAACAGUAAGGACUAUUGGAUAGUGAUGGCUAUCCAAGGCUACCAGAGUUAUGAACUUGCUUUCUGCAGGAUUGACCACCCUUCAUGGACUGCCUUACACGGAACACUUGGUCCCUACAGGGACCUAGUAUACUCUGUCGAGCACCAACUUUUUUUUGCUUUGGGCUGUUGUGGUUUAGAAGCUUGGGAUUUUCGCAAUCCUGCCUCUCCAACGAGUACUUUCAUUACUGAAUCCAUGCCUCCCACAAUGAGUUUGGUCAGUAAGGUGGUGGAAUGCUGUUGUUCCAGAAGAUAUCUAGUGGAGUCUUCGGGGGAUCUGUUAGUGGUUAAUAGAUACUCUUCUUCAGCUAUUUGUAGCAAGACGGUUGCAUUUGAUGUGUAUAAGCUGGACUUUGUUGGGAAGGAAUGGGUAUAUCUGCCAAGCUUAGGUGAUCGUGUAGUGUUUGUUGGUGCCAAUCAUGCUGAGUCUUUCUCGGUCUAUGGUUUGUUCCCUGGGUUGAUCCCCAAUUCCAUUUACUUCACUGCCUGUGACACUUCUAUAUCUAAUGAUUUGGGAUUCUUCAACUUGGAAGAUAAAAGCAUCUAUCGGCGCCACUUGGGGAAGAAGAAGGUUCAACCGUCUCCUACUUGGAUGGUGCCUCAGCUGUGACUGUCAUGGAUUCAGCUGUUGAUCUUAUGAACAAAUCAUUUACUGAUCGUUAGGAUUCGGGUUUUCUGUUUACUAAGUUGCCAAGCAGCGGUAUUUUGGAGUUGCUACCGAUAUGUACAUAUACUACUUCCUUGGAGCAGAGCCUAGCUGAGUGACAUGACUGUAGAGGAUUCUCUGUUGGUGUUGAUCUUUUUGUUAUGCAGCCUUCAUAGUCUAAAUUCUGGGAAACAAACUGGAGAAUUGUGUCCUUGAAUGAAAGGUUCUUUUAUUUAAAAUGUUCUUCAGUCUCCAAAAUUGUUGUGGAUCUUGUAAUAUAGGUAAGCAUUCUGUCACAUGUUUUUCCCUAA